AUGGCGCGACGUUACCAGAUCGAUGAGCUGCUAUGGCUUCGCUCAUCGCCUCUGGUCACCAAGCCUGCCAAUUUGCCUCCGGUAGAAGAAUGGAUGGGCCCAAUCCCCGACCCAACAACGCAACGAAAAAAUACAAACUCCAGAGAGCCUAAUAGCCAAAACAAAACUACCCCGCGAAGAUCGAGUAUUUUUGAAGCUCGUCAUAUAUCACGUGGUUCCAAUUCAGAGGAUAUCGUUCUUGGACCACCAAAAACAGCGUUUGCAUCUGCUUCUCGCAUCUCUAAUAAGAGCUCGAUCGACUCGACCGAACGGCCGCCUAGGCAAUUCGAUUCGGACGAGCCGAAGACUGAUCGGUUCAACCUCCGCGAGAAGUUCUUCAAAGAAAGAGAUGCCGGAGACAGGGAAUUUGAUCGCCGCGAUAGCAAAGUAGGUACAUUCAACGGUCGACGUGGAGAGAGAGAAGAUUGGAACAGUGGGCGUCCGCGUCGCACAUUUGGCCACGAAGAACAAGACAGAAAGCCAAGACGGAAUGGUGAAUUCGAUCGCUGGGAUGGCGCCCGGGAUUUUAAUCGGGAUCGCGAUCAACGGGACCCCAAUUUUGACCGGGGAGUGAAAGAUGCUAAAGAUGGUCGGUUCUUUCCACGUAGGGACGGCCAGCCAGGGAGAGCCCGGCAUGAAGCAAGCUGGUUUCGUGAUGAAAACGCACAGGAUGGGCAAGAUGCCGAGGAGGAAAAGACUCCUGUGCGGAAUCGUGAAUGGCGUCGGGACCGACAUGGUGCGGAUCGUGAUUGGACCCGGGGCACCAAACUUGAACAGGAGCCAGAGUGGCUGGACUCGAAUGACAAGGAUGAAUCCCGUCGAGUACAUACCCAAGAAGAUUUUGAACGCUGGAAGGAGAGGAUGAAGGCGGGCACUUCUCAGGCUCCUGUGGAAGAGAAGAAAGAGGCUCCUGUCAAGCAAACCGCCAGCAUCUCGGAGAAGGUGGAGAAAGAGGCCCCCGCGCCGCCGGGGAAGAGCGCGAAAUCUUCUCGCUUUGCCGGACUAUUCAGCCCUCCUCCCGGGAGCCCUGCGAAAGAGUCGGACUUUCAACUUGGGACCAAGUCCCCCCCGACCAGCACCACACCGUCAACAGCAACGCCAGCAGUUGAUGCAGAUCAGGAAGGGUUUCAGCGCAUCUUACAAAUGCUGGGAACUAGCAAGUCACGCAAUGCGACACCUCAUAACGAUCCCGCCCAGGUGAACCAUCCCUCUUUGGUGCAGACAGAACAAACACGGAGUGAAAUUUCUUCUCCCUCGCGGGAACAACCCAAGCGUCCAGAGCAAAUGGCUAUACCGGAUGCCUCUGUGCGAGGUGCUGGGCCGACUCUAAAGGAGAAUGUAUACGCCCCGGACCACCAGGCUCGGGAUAGGGAGCACUUACUUCGUUUAAUGCAGCAAGUUAGGGUCACUCCUAUCACAAACCAGGGACAGGCUAGCCAAGGUCAACCACAAAGUGCCGGCCCUGCUCCUGGAUUGAUGAAUAUGCCCGAGGGCAUACCUCAUCCUCCUCCCGGCCUUCCAUCUGCACAAAAACUCCCUGCUUUCAUUGACGACCCGGCAAUAGCCAACUUACAGCGCUCGGAAGCUGAUCAACUUCGACGAAGACCUGCGAAUGGGCCCCCCCAAUGGGUUACUUCGAGGAUUUGCCGUUUCAAGAGACCACCAGGCUUCGAACAUAUGCCACCUCCCGGAUGGAAUGGUCCUCAGAUACCUCCGCAGCAGGCGGGCGGUGGACCAGCAAACCCAAUGGGCCCUCCCCCGGGCAUUCCGACACCCACGCGGGGCAUGAACCCAAAUUUUAUGGGUAACUUGACACCAAUGCAUGGAAAUAUGCCACCACUCGGCGAGCGACAGCCUUUCCCGCGCGGUGCAGGCGCUGCCGGACCGGGCGGUUUCCCACCUGGCAUGAUGCCUCCUCCAGGAUACAUGAACGGCCCUCCGCCUUCCGGCUUCCCACCGAUGCCACAUAAUGGCGAUGUCCUCAUGGGUGUUGGUCACGCUGGACAGGGUCCUUUCGAAGGCAAUCCUGGGCCACAGGGGCCCCCACCCUCCUCAAGACACUUGCUGGACAUGUUUGGCCAAGUUGGCGGAGAUGCCCGCGGCGGGAUGAUUUUCAAGAUGAUGGAUCGGAUCGACUUUGAGCUCUGUAUCGACGUGGACCAAUAUGCAGCGACCUCCCUUCAGCACAAUAUUAACCCGACUAAAGUAGACGACUACGACUACGAGGCAUCAUCGACAGUCCCUCGAAUCCGAACUCGACACCACGACGAAGUCGACAGCGCAAAUAAUACCAGCGAAGACGACGAUAGCCACCCACCAAGAAAGAGAACUAGGUUCCUAGGAGCAGACGACAGAAGAGAAGUAUCUCUCGACGAAGCAUACAAUGAGACGGAGAACGCAAGUGAGUAUCAGGAUCUGAUCCACGGACAUAAUCAAGCGAUGGGAUCUGGAACCAGUCACGAGAACCAGAGUUCACAUUCGAGCCACGAUAUCGUAAAUAGCUAUCCCGAUAUCGAUAUGGCCAUGGAAACUGACCAAAAUAAUGAUGAACCAACUCAGCGUUUGGGUCUUACUUCUCUGCAACACGAGGGUCCUGGCCCUAGCCCCAUCAGGAGCACCAUUACCACUGGUGGCUUUUCCACGGGAUCGUCGCACCCUUCAAAUCGAUUCACCAUAUAUGAAGAUCCAGAUUAUAUGGAUAUCGAUGGAUCUAAUCCCGAGACCAGCUGGUGUUCCUACUCUACCUGUGAAGACGAUGACAAGGAGAAUGUGGAUGAGGAGCUCGAUUCGACCUUUCCCGGUAGAAUCGGCGCUGGAAAUGACUCCGAACUUAAUGAAACCUAUAACCAGCAACAAACCAGACCCUCAUGGGGGCAAGAACCGCGUCCUUCACCACCUCCCCCGCCAACUUCUCUACAUCAUGAAGAAACAGGGAUGGGCGGUGAGUCUGACGAUGGUGAUGUGGUUUUUGAACGUCAUCAUAGAAGUGCUAUCUCUCAAGAUGCUGAAGCUCUAAGGGAGGUUUCCCACGUUGCUCUCGAUUCUAUCAAUGAAUCUGAUAGCUCUAUUCAGUAUCUACCAAGAAUCUCUUCUAGACUGGAUAUUCCGGACAGGACGAUCCAGGGACGUCGUCCGGUUCGAAGAGUGAGGGCUUUUAAUUUUGAGAUGUAA